AUGGCAAGUGAGAACAAGGGAAGACCUCCGUACCCCCCUUUCACGGCGGAAACGGCCCAGGUCAAAGUGAAAGCGGCUCAAGAUGCCUGGAAUACUAAAAACCCGGCGAAAGUGAAGCUCGCUUACACACCGGACUCAAUCUGGCGUAACCGUGACACCUUCCUGCAGGGACGGGACGAGAUCGAGGCCUUCCUCACUAAGAAGUGGGAGCGCGAGAAUGGAUACCGGCUCCGCAAGGAAUUGUUCUCUUUCACCGACAACAAGAUCGCGGUCCAGUUCUGGUACGAGUGGUACGACGAGGAGGGCCAGUGGUGGCGCACGUACGGCCUCGAAGAUUGGACUUUUUCUGACGACGGAUUGAUGAGGAAGCGCCAGAUGAGUGGAAAUGAUGUCAAAAUCACUCAUGAAGAGAGAUGGUAUAAGGACGGCGUAGACGUGAAUACUGUCGAUAUCUCUGAGAAGCAUUGGUAG